AUGAAAAGUCAAUUAAGUGAAAUAAGAAUGAGUCCUAGGUAUAUUAAAAAUAUGAUGAUCUUUAAAUCCUUUAUGACAAGUAUCUAUUAUAUUCUACUUAGAAACUCAACCUUCCAUUAAUCCAGUAAUGGUAAGAAUUUAUGGAAAAUAUCAUGCUGAAAGAGAGAUUAUUAAUAACUAAGAAGUAAAACAGAAAUCUAAAACUUAAAGAAAAAGAACCAAAAGGGCUAAAAUUGAUUCUGAAGAUAAAGUGCUUCUUCUUAUCUAAAAAGAUUUUGAAAGAGAGACAAAAUAAAUAAAAAAACUUGGAAAUCAUACUGUUAGAAUAGAAGAGCUAUAAAAAUCAAUUCAUAAUUAGUUAAUGAAUAAGAAUUCUAAUUCAAUCUCUAGUUUAAUUAGUCAAGAUUAUGAUAUGAAACUAGCUCCAUCAUAUUAUGAAUUAUUGAAUACAAUUCAACCAGAAAUGAAUUUUAAAAGUAAAUUAACUCUAAGAGAACCAUUGAGUAAGGCAAAGGCCUUAUUAUCUUAGAAAGAGGAGAAAAAGAGAAUUUAUGAAUCUUAAAUAAGGCAUUAAAGGGAUUUCUUUAGACAACCUACUCUAACAGAUUUACCUUCUGCUGGAAAUAAAAGAACCACACUCAAAAGUAUAUUUGAAGACCCAGAAAAUAAAAAAUAAGCUAAAAAAUUUAUAAAUAGUAUCAGCUAGCAUUGUAAAUCAGAAAGCACUGAAUGUUGUAAAAUCCUUCAUUAAUGUUCCAAGGUUUAGGGAAAAUUCAAUAGUCACUUUGAAGAAAUUCUAGAUAAUUACUUUACUUAAAUGUGA